ACCCAGAUAUGAGAAGAUAUUCUGGGACCUGAUCCCUGUUGAUAUUUUUAAAAGUUGAGCACCCACUGCUUGUACAGAUUUAGCGUGUAAAAUGAUUUGCCCGAAAUCCUGCACAAAAUCCCCAAGUGGACUGGUAAUUCAACAAAUCUGCUGAUCCUCAGUUCAAUUCUGUUUUCUCACAAAAUCACGUGGAUAAAGUCUGUAAUAGCACUUCCUUCCCAGCUCCUCGGGGCAAGGACAGAGUUUUCUGGUUUUAUUAACGUGCUGCAUAUGUUAGCCUGAUGUUACCUAUUAAAUAUCCUUUUUUCCAGACUUUGCUUCAACUUUGUGAUGUCUUCCCCUGAAAUUGCUUCCCUUUCUUGGGGUCAGAUGAAGGUGAAAGGCUGCUCUACAACGUAUAAGGACUGCAAAGUAUGGCCGGGAGGAAGCCGAACCUGGGAUUGGCGAGAAACUGGGACUAAUCAUUCUCCAGGAGUGCAGCCAGCUGACCUUGAAGAAGUUGUCAAGAAGGGUGUUAAAACUGUGGUGAUUGGCCGCGGCAUGAGCGAGGCUUUGCAGGUUCCACCAUCUACUGUGGACUAUCUGAAGAAACACGGGAUUGAUGUGUUGGUCUUGCAAACGGAGAAGGCAGUGGAAGAGUACAAUGCCCUGGCUGCUCAGGGUGUCAAGGUGGGGGGAGUCUUCCAUUCAACCUGCUGAAGUGUUACAGCUCGCUCCGCCCGCCGUGACCGCAGCCAAAUCAUGGACACCGCUCUCCGCUGAAUCAAAUUACAGUCAACAGAGUGUGGACGUACGUGCCGAGGCGUUUGUGCGCUGACAAUCUAAAAUGCAAGGACAGUUUAUUAGUUCAGCAUUUAAACAAAUUAAGUGCUUGCAAAAGGGGGCUGCUAGUGAAACCACUUAAUUACAGAACCAUUUCCAUACAUUCUAGAGAUUGACCUAAUCUUCCUUGGAAGACUCCAUAUUCUGGUUACUUAACUUUUCACCUGUUGGCUAAAUUAAGAUACUAGCUUUUGAAUACAUUUAUUAGGAAAUGGCCAAAAAUUGCAUUAUUGGCUAUUGGAACACAGCCAUAAGAGAGCUCAUGAGUACAAUCAAGUGGUAGAUGCGAAGCGGUGGUAAAGAAGCACUUUACCACCACUACAUAAGUAAGUUAAAAUAAAUCAAAAAGCGAACCCCGAACAUACAACUUUGCCUCCUGCUGGCAACUUCAGUCAGAAUAUUGGUAAUGCAGAUCUGUUUGUGAUGCUUCAAGAACAUCACAUAAUUUAGUGCUUUUAAAUUUUACAUUGAACCUCGAAAAAGGGUAAAAAAAAAAAAAAAGUCUACAGGGAAUAAACAUAAAAUCUGUGCCUUAAAGAAUUUUCCUAUUAAAUGUGAACUGUGAGGAUUGAGUUGUGCAAUACCUGUCUAUGCAAAAGUCUCCAUGUGCUUAAAAUCAUCAGAAAUAGUUGUCACAAAACUAGAGUUUGCAACAGAAAACAUGUAUCUUCAG